AUGGAGUACAAAUCCCCCUCAGUGGAAGACUAUCCCGAGACGGACGACAGCCCAUUCUCACUUCCAGUCGCAGAGAAGCGCAAGCGAGAGACCAAACCUUCCGAACCAUCGAGUUACAAGGCCGCCGAGGCCGAAACCGAGCAGCCACCGAGCACAGUGUCCAAAUCGUCUAGCACGACACCCAAGGAGCAGGACAGAGGAGAUUCGCUGGUAGAUGGCGACGAAUGGAACGAAGGGUACGAAGGUUAUGAAGAGCCCGAAGAGCGAGUCGAACUGACGAGAAGUGCCGGGCAGGAUGAGGAGAGGAGGGAGGGGUUGGAAGGUGCGGAGGACGUGAUGGAUUCUAGCGAAGGACCGAAUGAAGAACGCGCUGAGGCACCAGCCCAAGAGUACACUGAAGAGCCUACUCAAGAAGUUCCCGAAAUUCCAGACGGAGAGGAGCAUGUCAACCCUCCGGAAUCACCCAAGACGCACAAGACCAUCGAGGAGUUUGGCCGGCGGCCGUUGGAGGGUACGUCGCUGGCGCAGCAACCGCUGACUGCUUCUGCCGACACGUUGCUGGCGAUGAUCAUCGAUGCGAUGCUGAAAUCACGGCCAAUUUCUCAUGACCUGUCGCAACGCACGGUGAACAAGGUCAUCAAUGAAGGCUACCAUGAUAUUCGGAAACUGGGGCAGAGCAGCUGGGAGGAGAGAACAGUGGUGCUGAAGGAAGGGGGAUACAAUCGGUUUCGGGAGCAGGGUGCUACUAAUUUAGGGGAUUUGGCGGAUUUCAUCAAUACGAAGUACGAUGGUGAUCUCAACAAUCUCCUGAGAAGGGCUGAAAAUGACCGUAGAAGGGCAAGAGAAUUGAUCAAGGAAAUCAAAGGACUAGGGGAUCUGGGGGUUGAUCUGUUCCUCAACAACGUGCAGAGCGUAUGGCCUUCUAUGGCGCCUUUUGUCGAUGCGCGCAGUCUCAAGACAGCGGAUGAGAUAGGCAUUGGUACCGAUUUGGAGGUCAUUUAUGAGAGUCUCAAUAGGGACUCGGUUCGGAUGAGUAGGUUGGCGAAUGGGCUGUCCCAUGUGCGACUGGAUAAGAAGCAGCGGGAGCUUUUAGGAGUCUGA